AUGAAACUCAUUCACUUAGGCUUUGCAGAUGACCUCCUGUUAUUUUGCAAAGGAGAACCACAAACUAUUCAACUGCUGUUUGAUAAGUUUCAGAACUUUUCAGAAGCAUCAAGGUUGGUUGCAAAUUUAAGUAAAAGCUCUAUGUAUUGUGGUGGUCUCUCAAGUGAGAAGGAGCAGGAACUUAUUGAUCUAUUGGGGUUUAGCAAAGGUAGAGCCCAACUGAUAAAAUCUGUCUUGUUCUCUAUCCAAGUCUUUUGGGCGCAAGUUUUUAUCUUACCUAAGAAGGUUAUAAAGACUAUUGAAGCAACAUGCAGAACUUUCUUGUGGACUGGGGGCACUGAACUUUCCAAAAGAGCAUUAUUGGCGUGGGAUAGAGUAUGUUCUCCAAGAGUUGCUGGUGGCCUAAAUAUACUGGAUAUGGCAACCUGGAACAAGGCUGCAAUUAGCAAGCUCCUAUGGAAUAUAUGUACUAAAAAGGAUAAAUUGUGGGUUAAAUGGAUUCAUUCUUACUAUAGGAAUAGGGAUCUGCUGAGAGAUGUGCCCAAACAGGCCUCAUGGAUCAUUCAAAAGAUCCUUAAGGCUACUAAAUACUUUGCACAAGCUGGAUAUAGUAUGGAUGACAUCUCAAAUAUACCAAGUUUCUCAACUAAACAGUUUUAUGCACCAUUGAGAGGGCAAUUCCAGAAGAUGUCAUGGAGGAAAUUGGUAUGCAACAAUGGUGGCCUACCUAGAUGGAUUUUUAUCUUGCGUUUGGCUGCACUAGGCAGACUACAAACUAGAGAUAGACUAUUUAAAUGGGGUAUCACUACAGACCAGAUCUGCCCCGUAUGCGACAGAGAGCCAGAAAGCCUUAAUCACCUGUUUUUUGUAUGUGACGUAUCCGCUGAAAUUUGGCAGAAGCUACUGAAUUGGAUUGGCAUUCGGAAGGUUCCUACGCAUUGGACUGAAGAACUGGGAUGGGCAGAAUUGAAUGCAAAAGGUCGAAACCCACAAGCUAAAGUUUAUAGAAUGAUGUUGACUGCUGCAGUGUAUUAUGUUUGA